ACCCAUGAAACUAUAAAAUACCUGAAUUAAAUUUAAACUUUAAUUUAACUUUGUGACAACCAAACACCAUGAUUUACAAAUAACAGAGAAUCCAACAAACAGAAAAAUAAAAAAUGAAAAAAAAAAAUAAAAAUAAAAAGCAAUCAAUUUGAGACUCUACUGCCUUAUCCUCCUUUUCUAAUAAGAACAAACCCUUCAUUAUCACAGAAAAAGAGCAAAAAACAACUAAAAUAUCUCCAGCUAUGAGAUCAAUACAUAGUGCCUCCACCCUUCUCAGCAACACAAAGCUCACCCUUUCCAUCUAAAUAGCUUCUUCACCUGCAGUAACACCCAAUGGCCAUACGUGCAUGCUCCUUAAACAACUCAACUUCAACCACUCUAUUCUCAAAUCACCAUGCUCUUCCAUCAAAACCUUGUGUUCAAAUCCCAUCAUACUCCACACUUCCCUCUUCAUGUGUCAUUAAACAUAACAUUAGUCAUUUGACAGUGUCUGAGAACUCUCUGAUAAUUGCAGCCAUGGCCGAGGCUAUCACUCUCGCAAAUGCAGCAGCCCAGGCUGCAAAUGAUGCUGUCUCAUUGGCCAUGGCACUCAGUGAGACUAUAUCCAUGCAAACCAAAGAGGACAAGGAUUUCUGGGAAGAACAAGAUUUGGUAACACGGAGAAGAAGGCGAAGGAGGAAGAGCAGCAGAGAGGAUGAAUUUGGAGACUGGGAUUCAUGCAGAGACUUGAUGGAAGGUGGUGUUGCAUGGUCAGAGCGAUCCAGAUAUCUAACACGCCGUCAAGAGGGUGAAUUCUCCGGCUACAUCAAGGAAGGAACCAUGCUUGAAGCUGCAUCAACUGGUUGUAGGACAAAGAAAAGAUCUGAUGAAAAGGUGUUGCUGAGAGCUCGAGAGUGCAGAGAAAGGAUCACCCUCAGCUACAAAAGGCUUGUGGCUUCCAUUGCAACGCCAUACCAGGGCAAAGGAUUGAGCUUCCAGGACCUCAUCCAGGAAGGCAGCAUAGGGCUUCUCAAAGGUGUACAGAAGUUUGACGCCAAGAGAGGAAACAAGCUCUCGACAUAUCUUUAUUGGUGGAUCAAACAAGCAAUUAUUAAAGCUAUAGCUAAAAAAUCAAGACUUGUGAGACAACCGGGAAGCAUGAGUGCAGUAGCAAAGAAAGUUGCCAAUGCUACCUCGUUAUUACACCGGCAAUUAGGAAGAUGGCCUACUUACCAGGAAAUUGCAGACCAUACAGCCUUAAGUGCUUCCAGGGUCAAGCUUGUAAGUGAUAGAAGCAAGCAUCCAAUUUCAAUCAAUCGACCUGCAAAAAACCAAGAACUAAUACUCGAGGAUGUUAUUCCAGGACCAGAUGAAACAAGACCAGAAGUUAUUGUCGGUAAACAACUGAUGCUACAAGACAUGGAGAAGCUUCUUACAACAUUGAGUGCAAGAGAAGAAUACAUUAUAAGACUGCAUUAUGGACUUGCUGGUGAGAGGAUUCACUCAUGUGAGGAGAUUGGUAGAUUAUUGAACCUUUCUAGGGAAAGAAUUCGACAGAUUCACCGUGCUGCACUAACAAGGCUUAGAGAAGAAGAGGAUUUAAUAGAGAGCUUAAGGCAAAAUUUGACAUGAAAUUAUAAAAUGUGGCAAUCCUACAAGUGAUGAUUAUUUUCUUAUUAGUGUCAAAUUUGGCUGAUUUGUAAAAAGUAACUUGUAUAGAUUUGAGGACCAUGAAACAAAGGUAAAUCUUAAAUAAUACAACAAAGUUUCAUUACUCAAUAUCUACCAAUGUACACAAGCAAUUAUUCAGAUUCAGAAUAACUGAUACACUAAAGCAGAGUUGUUGCCUCUAAUUUUCUGGUACUUCUAAUAGGGAGAAGAAGGCUUAAUAAGCAAACAGAAAUUUGCAGAGAAUCAGAAUAUCCAUUUGAAAGGAAUCGGAAAUUGAGCUAAUAUUCAUUUAGCUAAGGCUUUAGAAAGAAUGGAUCAUUAGCCUUCUUACACAGAGUAAACUUGAUCCUACCUGUACAAUGAAUGCACAGGUAAGUACAGGCAAAGAAAGAAAGUUUGCAUGCUUAUGGCCAACAGUCAGCAGUUUUUAAUCUUUGGGCAACAACUGAAGCAUCCAAGACAAAUUAUUAAAAUGAUAUUGUCCUCUCUAAAAUACCUAGAUGCAGAAUCAUAGUUGUGCCUCCAUAAAGUUCUGUGGCCAUUUGAAGACAAAUUAAGAAAAAGAUGUCCUUGCUAAAAUAGCUAUACUAUACACGAUGAUAGCAGUGCCUCCAUAAAGGCCUAUGUGGCUAUGGUUUGAAAAGAUGUUAUCCCAUUAAGCCAAUACUCCUGUCAUGUGCCAGCAAUGUACCACAUUAGGCUAUAAAAUUUUAAAUAGGCAUCAUAAAACAAUAAACUAUAGAAUCUUUAUCAUAUAAAAAUUAUAGAUUGACUUAUACGUGAGGCAUUGUAACUCAUAAAUUCUAUGUAAAUUAUAAAUAAUAAAAAAAAACCAUAAAAUGUGUAAAAAGGCGUUUUUAUAAUACAGUUCAGUAAUACUAUUCACAUAUCGAAAUGUAUUGUUUGUUGAUCUUGAUGUGAGUCCUUUAUAGAAAAAACAAUGUUUUCACCUCAGGUUGCAAAAUAGAGGAAAUUUAUCAUUAAGAGAUCGUUAAGUCACCGUAAC